GAUAUGGUAGAACUGGAAAAAGUUUGGAGAAGGAUGAUAAGGACAUGGAAGGCAGAGAAGGGCUUUCAUGACAGUGACAGCAGAACAUAAAACUAUGAGUCAAGCUGGUGAAGAAAGUUCCAGUGUCACAGAAUUUGCAACUGAGAACGAGCAACAAUUGACUCCAACAAUCUAUAGCCGAGACAAGGGAUCCACUGACGUAACAGCAAGUCCUGCAUUUCAGUGUUUAGAUGAGCUAUUUUCUGCUGGAAAAAUCACAGACACCAAAGCAGCUGAGCUGAAGGAACAGUAUACCCUGCUGCAUAAGACUGUGAUAAGUUUACAGGAAUCUGAAACCCAGCUGUUGCAGGAAGCCAAACGUCUUAGUGUAGAACUGGAACAACGGCAUGAACUGGAAAAACCUGAACAAGUCCCUGAAGAAUCUUCCAGUGAAGCUUCCCAAAUAAGGCAACAACUUCUUAGUUGCCAAAGUGAAUACGAUGCUAUUAAAGCAAGAGAGUAUGAGAAUCAGUUGAAGAUAGAAUGUUUGCAAGAAGAAAAAAGGCUUCUGGAAGAUGAAUAUGAAAAAAUUUCAAAAAAAAAGAAAGACGAUGAGAAAAUUAAACAGCUGAAAGAAAAUUGUGAUGAGCUCUGCAAAGAAGUAGAUGAGAGGAAAGCAGAAAUUGAUGCAAUAGAAGAAGCUGUUUCAUCCAAACAAAAGCUGAUAUUAGUAGAUGAGGAAGAAACGGAAAAGCUUCUGGACAUGCAGACUAAUUUAAAAAGUGAGCUAGUUAAGAUCCUUGGUGUUCCAAAACAACUUGCAAAAGAAACUGAGAAGAUAUAUCGGAAAAAAAUCGAUGCAGAGAAGAAGAAUGAAGCCCUUAAUGAUGAAAUAGGAGAGUUGAGUAGAACCCUGAAAUCCAUCGAAAAAAGGACUGAAGAGAUUUUACAAGAAAGAGAAGAUGUAAAGAAGGAAUUGGAUAGCAACCAAGUUUUGAUAGAAAGCAAAGAACGAGAAUGCAUUAGUUUGACAAAAUUACUAGAAAUUAACAGAGAGAAGGAAUUAGAGAUCCUAUCAGCCAGAGAAAUUCUGGAAAACAAUUUAAAUAAAUGUAUCUUAGAGAACAAAAAACAACGUGAUAUUCUCACUCAAAAACAAACACAGAAGGAGAGAGAACUGAAAAAUUUAAAAGUGUUGGAAGUACAACUGGGUGUGAUUUAUGAUUCUGUGGAACGAGACAAGGCACAGCAUAAAAGACUCAAAUCAGAGGUAGAAACUAACGCAAGAAAUAAUGAGGCAUUAUUAGAAAGACGACAAGAAGUGCAGGAGGAAAUUGAAAUGAUCAAGAGACGUUUGGCUGAACAGGCAAUGAUCUCAGAUAUGGAUGCCCGCAUGUUAGAAGAAUGCAUUGCUAAAGAACGCUUGCUUUUCAAAGAGCAGGAAAAACGCAGAACUGAGUUAUCCCAACUUAUACAUCUGACUGCUCUCAGAGCUGAUGAGAGGCAACUGAAAUCCAGGGAUGUUCAGAAAGCCAAGAUCCAACUCCAAAGUCUUAUUAAAGAAUUAAAAAGAAGGAAUGUUGAAAUAAAAGUCUAUAAAAAGAGGAGAAGAGAUAUCCAAAACCAACUCCAAGGAUUCGCUAAAAUGUGUGAUUUUAUCCAAAUUGAAAGAGAUAAAUGUAUACAAUUGGUGCGUGGUGCUCAGUGGAAAGCAAGGGAAGCUGGAAACCGAGUAAAAUUCCUAGAAAAUACCAUAGAAAAUUUAAGGAAUACUCUUAUAGACAAGGAAAGAAAAUUGCAGGAAAAGCAUACGAAGAUUAAAAUUAAUGCAGGAAUAGUAGAGCAUCUCAAAAAGAAUUAUUGCAAAAUUGCACAAGUCAUUGAUGAGAUGAAAGAAAAGCAAAAGCAUUUGAACCUUGAGAGACUGACCACGACAGUCACCCACAUCAAAGAGGAAAUUGCGCAGCUACACAAAAAAUGCGAAAGGGCUAUUCAGCAACAAGAGGAGAGUGGUCUUCUGCUCAGAGAACGAGAUGAAGAAUUAGGCUUUUUACAUGAAAAAAUUAACAGGCAAGAGAUGUUGUGUAGAAAUGGAGAUAAUAAGAUGCAAGUUAUGGAUGAAAAGAUCAGUUUUCUGAAGCUGAAGGUAGCUGAGAAAAAGAGAGAGAUUGCAUUGUGUUUUAAAGAGCUCCCAGUGAAGAAUGCCCUGAAUGCAAACCUGGCGAGACUGCAGAUACAGUAUUCCCAGUGCAGGGAAAAGAUUAAACAGCUGGAGGAAAUUUUUGAUGAUGCCACAAAUGAAAGCAGAAGGCAUGAAAUGGGAGGGAAGGACCCAUCUGCACCUGAACUGCUAAAAAAGAUUGAACAGCUGGAAGCAGAGCUGCUGCAGAAGGAGCAGAAGCUGAUGCAGAAGGAAUUUCUUUGCGAGUCCAUUUCUGAAAUGACGGACAGAAUCCGUGCUGAGGCAGAGAAUGGGAAGCAGGACAUGCUGCUGUUUGCUAGAAGGAUAAAUGAACUGCAGAGGAAGAUAAAGGACAAAACCAAGGAGAGGAGGGCUCUUAUUGCAGAGUUGACCAUGAAGCAAUCACUUGUCCUUCAACUUCAGCAGGAAAUGAGAGAAAAAGAACAAUUUGUGAUGAUUGCUUCAUGGAGGAUAAGUCAAGGUCUCCCCCCUCUAAAGGAAACAGAAAAGGAAUGGUUGAAGAUCCUAGGCAGUGACAAGACACACAAAGCAGCAGCUGAAGACAGAGCUGAAGAACAAGAUGCAGUGCCUGGCCAUGCCCACACAACAGCCCAACAAUGCCCAACCACCUCGAUCCCAGAUGAGAAACAGAGUCUCCCAUUCCCAAGGCCCCAUGGUGCUGUGGCUCCUCUCAGACCAAGUGAAUCCAGUUCAGAUCGGAGACAUUUCAGCAAAUCUACUGCACAGCCAUCUGAAACCUCAACAGACAGCACCUGAAGCAGGAGAAGCCAUUCUAGCUGCUGAAUCCUAAGGGUCAGCAGCAUUUACACUCCACUGAAGGAAGGUCUGUUAGUGUUCAGCCAAAUUCCAUAUUGAAAAACAAAGUAUAUUUUCAUGCCAGAAGCACAGUUAACUAGUCGGUGAUCCAAAGCCUCUUCUCCUGAUAUCCCAAAUGGAGUGCAGUAUCUUAAAGUGUUAAGAAAAGUUAGUGGUCAUCAUGCUAUGCAUUUUUUUUCCAGGUAGAGUUUUAUUGCAUCUGAGGAUAUGUUGUAAUACAUUUCAUUAAAAAGAAAAGGCUAGAAAAUCUUCUCUUAUUAAUAUAAUAUGAACAAAGUGGCCACCACUUACACACCAACAUGGCUUUCUGCAGUCUGAGUCUGGAGUUUACACUUCCCAGAGAAAUUCCAGUUAUGUUGAGAAAAAUAUUCCUUCCCACUAUGCAGUUACUGGGAAAGCUAAAGCUUCACUGAUGGCAAGGACAAGAGAGUGACCAUGAACUUGCAGAGUCACUCCCAGGAACCAGAUCUUUUUAUUUCAAUGGUAAGGAAGAGGAAGCAUCAGUGGAAACUACUAAGAGAAAAUAUCAGAGGUUAUUAUUCAGAACCUCCAAAAUAUAUCAAAUUGUUAAUGAGUUUCUCUAGUUUAAUAGGCUGAAAUUUUGUAGCAAUGUUGUAAAAUCCAAUGAAGACUGCAGAAAAUCCUGCAUGGCAGAACUUGACAAUUUUCUCUGCAUAGCAAACCACUAUUACCAUUUUAAAUUAAUGUCACAGUUCAGAACUUAAAACAAAAGAACAAACAAUACUGGCUCAGUAAUGUACAAAUAAAAGUUGAAAACAAAGGAAAAACAGCCUCCAUAAGCUUCUUUCUGAAGCUGAGGUUUGAACUGUAACACUAGAAGUUGUAAGAAAGAAUUAUGUAAAACUCUGUCCAAGAUACUGCUAAGAUAAAUUUCAAAAGCUUUGUUCUUA